AUUAAUCCCCAAGAUCAUGUGUCCACGUGACAUGUCCAAGGGUGGUUUGUUCCCAACAAAUCAAUAGUAAUGACCAUUUCACCAUGUUCACGGUUGAAAGAUUUUUUAUUCACUGUAGAAACAAAUGCAUGUAUGUAUGUAUAAACAAUUAAAGGCGAAUCGGAUGAACACUUAGAAUACAGCAAUGAAAAAAAUAACGACAGAAAGGACAAAUUCAUUUACGGAUAUAUUGAAGAAUGUAGGAAAAUGCAUAGUUAUAGGACUUAUAGUUUAUUUGUUAUUUGGACAACUCGUUUUAAAAUCGACAAAUACAGUCAUAGCUGUGCCGUCAGACAGAGAUACAAUAGUAACAAUUAAAUCUUAUAAAAAUAUUGAGACAAACAAAGGGUUAAUUUGUCCAAUUUUACAAGGAGGACUAGGAAAUAGAUUAUUUCAGUUUUCUACAGCUUUCGCUGCUGCAAUGUCUAAAGACAUGGAUGUCCUUAUUCCGUCAAAAGCCCAGAUUAGACAAGUAUUCGAAAUAGAUGUGAAAUUCACAAAUAUUAAGGACUUCUGUAAAGGAUUUCCAAAAAUAUUAGACAAAGCAUCCCCAACAUUCAAUAGCACACUCUUGGAAUUUAGUCCAUCAAGUAAAGUUCAAUUGGGAUAUGGACUCCAAUCAUGGAAAUACUUCUACAAAUAUGACAAACAACUUCGAAAACAAUUGACCUUUCGGAAGCCUAUAAAAGACGCGGCAGAACAGGAAAUUAACAAGAUAUUACAGAAAAGAAAUAUAAAAUCUCGUCAGAAUAUUACUUUAGUCGGCGUCCAUAUAAGGAGAGGGGAUAAAGUCGGAAAUGACGACGGCUUUAAUAUAGCAACACCAGAAUAUUUAAAGCGGUCAGUUAAUUACUACGUUACAAAAUAUAAAUUUGUUUUAUUUAUUGUCAUAUCCGACGGUAUGAAAUGGUCUAAGGACAACAUGCCUUCACAUGUACCGGUGGAAUAUGUAUCUUUAGGGAAAAGAGACUUGGAUAUGGCAACUGUAGUAGCUUGCGAUCAUACAAUAAUGACAAUAGGAACAUUUGGCUGGUGGAUUGGAUACCUUACUAAUGGAGAUGUUGUGUAUUUAAAGGAUGCUGCCAAAAAAGGUUCACGAUUUGAAAGGAUACUAAAUCAUGAAGAUCAUUUCUAUCCACAUUGGAUAGGACUUUAAUCAAUCAAAAUUAUUUGAAAUAGCAAUUUGUUUGUAAAAUUGAUAGUUACACACGUUAACCAAGGAGUUCUCAAGUUGACUAUGUUCUUGCCUUUAUUCCUCAUUGUUACAUACGCUUACAAAGGAGUUCUAAAGUUGACUAUGUUCUUGCCUUUAUUCCUCAUUGUUAUAUACAUCCAUAUUGUCAUUUGUUACAUUUUAUUCUCCUUUUCUGUGCUGUACUAUUCUCCACAUCAACACAUGUCAUCGUGUGAUUUGAAUAUCAUUUAUUUUGUAAUAAGUAUCGAUUAUUUUCCUUUUCAUCCCUUAACUAUUUCAAGCUGUUUAUGUAUUUGUUUGAUAAUAUUUAAAUUUAUUUACAUUUG